UCCUUUGCGGAGCUCGGUGUGUCCGAGCCGCUGCUGGCGGGCCUGCAGGGGUUGGGGUUCGAGGCGCCGACCGAGAUCCAGCGGCAGGCGUGGCCGUUCGUGCGCGGCGGCGGCGACGUGGUGCUGCUCGACGAGACCGGGUCGGGCAAGACGAUCGCCUACGCGCUGCCGGUGCUGCAGGCGAUGCUC